GUACAAAAUAAACUGACAGUAUUUGAAGAUCUCGUUUUCUUACACGUAUUCAGGAAAUAUUUUUAAUAGAUCUCUAAUUUAAAAAACAAAUAGAUAUGUCUUAACGUAUUAUCAAAAUGUCAACGUUUACUGGAUUUAGUGAAGAGGAUUUGAAAAGAAUUAAGUCAGAAUCAAUAGCAAGCAACGACUACCCAGUCAAAAUAGCAAAUGCAAAGAUAUCAAGCAUUGGGAGUAAAGUUAAAAGGCCCAUACCACAGUACAAACUUCCGAUAUUAGAGAAAAAUAUUGAUGAUGAGAUUGAUACAGCUUUUGACAACUGUAAACUAAGUUUGAAAUCUCCAACAGCAAACAGUGUAAGUUCUGAAAUUAAUGGUUUAAAUGAAAAUGUUAUUAUUGAGACUCAUGAUCAUAACACAGAGAAUACAACACCUCUUGACAUUGGUGUAGUAAAUGAAAUGAAUCAAGAAAAGGAUUUGUCGGCAAAUGAAAAUGGAGUUAGCAGAAAGAACAGUUCCAAUGUGGCACCGGAUGUGAUCAGAUGUGUUGAUAAUUAUACUGAAGAUGAAUUGGCAGCUCAUAGACUAAAGUUAGAGGAAUUGCAGAUUCAACAGAAGUUGAUGGAGGAACAGAAUAAGAAGAGGAAGGAAAUGCUGGCCAAGGCUUUGGCUGAUCGGACAAAACAAACAGAGGAGGAAGUAUUGAAAUUGGAAAAAAUUAAGAAAGAGCUCCAAGUGUUGGACGGCCAGUUCUCGCAGGAUGUAGCCGUUUUGAGGAAGAAAAUAGAUCAAGCUUGUGUCAGCUUUGCUGAUGCAGAAAAACACUAUUUGAAAAUAGAAAAAGAAUUUUUACAAGCAAAAAUUAAUUUGCAAAAGGAAAGGGAGAAAAAGGAAUUGUUGACUGAGCAUUUAUGUGCGUUGAUCACACACAAUGAAACAAGAAAAGCACAAAAACUGGAAACAUUGAUGCUGGAACUGGCCAGUGAGAAAAAUAAAGUACAAACGCCAAGCGUGAGUCCUAUUAUUAUAGACGGUGUUGAUGAACGGACUGGUAAAAUAGUUGAGAUAUCCCCACAAACAUAAAGUAUGAACCGUAAGAUCUUAUUCACUGGUUGUAUCAUUGUUCGUUUUGGUAUAAUAUGUUGGUUCUAUAGUUCUAAAAUAUUGAAGCCAGUCAUAUAAAUCUUAUUUGCAUAUCCGGAAGUGGAAAUAAUAAAAUGUUUGAGUUAUAAUUGUUAAGUUAUACUAUAAUUUAUAUUUUAAAAAUUUUAUCUGCAAAUGUGACUAAGAUAAGAAAUUGAUGUAUAUUGUAUAGUACUACUAAUUCAUAACCUAAUAAUUAAGUACUCGCAAUAAUAUUUACAUAAUACUGAUAGUUUAUAACAAAUAUCUAACUCUCGUAUUGCCAUUUAAUGUGACAUAAUUAAAGUCUUAACAAUAUCCCAGCAAUACAUUGUUACUUGUGCCAGGAUUAACUGUAUUUUUUUAUAUUUUAACAUAUUUGUAAAUUAUUGAAUGUUUAAUGCUUUCCUCAGGUCGGCCGCAAUAUUUAAAGAUAAAUUUAUAUUCCAGCCGUUAAUGAGUCAUUGAAGAUGUAUAUGAAAAUUAAUAUAGGACUUUUCAUUUGAUAAUUUUAGUAUGUGAUUUGCUGAUUUGUAAGCUAGAAUACCUUGCAGGGAACAAUAUUACUGUGAUGUAUAUUUAAAAACAUACAGAAGUGGUACAAGUGUUGCCAGAUCAUAAAUGGUAUAUUUAUAUACACAUACCUUUUGUGAUCCGGCAACACUUGUAUAUGCUAAUCCAUGACUUAUUUAGUACCAAUGCAUUGCUGGGUUUGAACUUAUAUGUAACAAUGAUUUGUUUGGUGCUAACUAGAAUAAUAGUGCCUUAAUAAUUUAGUCAUGUUAAACAUGGCGUUGUAUAAGACUAAUUAUCCUUGUAAUUGUAAGUAUUACACUCAAAGAUUAUUAUUUUUUAAUUUUAAAGAAAUGGUCAGUUUUCAAUACAUUCUGUUUGCUGUUGCCAGUAUCAAAAAAUGUCGUAGCAAAUAAAAACUAAAUUAAAUUCUAUUUAAGUACAUCGAAUAUUAUAAUUAGUUUGUACAAUUAGAUUGAUAAAAUUUCUUAAAAAAAUAAAGUUAAUACAUAUAUGUAAAAUAUAUACAUUAUUUUAACACACAAUUUUUUUUUGGUAACUAUAUCCCUUAGAAAUAAAUUUAGUGCUUUAAGA